CUGGCAUGCAUGCUGACGACAAUGUCGACGCCCCUUUCUCCAUCGCCUGGGGCAUCUCUAUAGGUCUCAUCGCAUCCUGCGUACAGAGUCUCGGCCUCACAAUCCAGAGGAAAAGCCACGUCCUCAACCAGCAACAACCCGAACACCUUCAACGCGCCGACUACCGAAGACCACUAUGGCUCCUUGGCUUUGCCAUAUUCAUCUCAUCAAAUAUUCUUGGUUCAAUAUUCCAGAUCGCUUCCCUUCCUGUCGUCAUCCUAGCCCCGCUCGGUGCUGUCUCUCUCCUCUGGAAUGCCUUCUUCGCUAGAUUCCUCCUCGGAGAUGUCUUCUCGUGGUGGAUGCUCCUCGGCACUGUUCUCAUUGCUGGCGGCGCUGUCCUUAUUGCGAUAUUCGGAAUCGUUCCAGAACCGACACACUCGCUCGACGAUCUACUUCACCUGUUCGGCCGCAGUGCAUUUAUUGCCUACUUCUCCUUACUAGGAGUUGCAUUACUUGCUUGCUUAAUUAUCACACACAUCAUUGAGUUCUCUUUGUCCCGUAAUACAUCUCCACCUCCGACUCCUACUUUUCAUCCGGGGCCGCUAGAAUCAGUCAUUCCUCAACCGUUGCCCCCUCCGUCGUCCCAAGUCCUCUCAAUCACCGAGAACACUCCCCUUUUGGAUAGGAAGCCUCCGCCGACUCGAUCAUCCACACCAAUUCCUUUCUUUGAUGGCACUAAAUCAAGAACACGACUCCUAAUUGCUAUUUCAUAUGCCUCAGCAUCCGGUAUACUAAGUGGGAUGUGUCUGAUAUUCGCCAAAAGCGGGGUAGAACUCAUCGUGCUCACAAUCGGUGGGCGAAACCAGUUCUGGCGGUGGGAAGCAUGGAUGCUGGUUCUAGGGCUCAUCGUCUUCGCGCUCUUACAGCUCUGGUACCUCCAAAAGAGUCUAGUUUUCGCAGAUCCGACGAUCGUCUGUCCUCUCGCCUUCUGCUUCUACAAUUUGUCUUCCAUUGUAAACGGAUUGGUGUAUUUCGAUCAAGUCGCGUUACUCUCAGUGCUCCAGUUAAGUCUUGUUUCCGUUGGGAUGGUCGUUCUCCUUGGUGGCGUAUGGCUUGUAUCCUUCCACGCCGGAAGCGGAAGAGUUGAUUUGGGUACGUGGCAAGAGGGCGAUGAUGAUAUAGAAGAGGAAGAAGAAUCAGAAAUAACCGUACAAGCUCCGUCAGACUAUGCGUCACCAGUAUUUUCACCAGUCUGGCUCGAUUCAGCGCUCUCUGACUCGGGGACAUUCCACCGCACCCCGCUCUCACCGCAUACGAUUGCAUUUCCUACGUCACCCGAGUCAAGCGAGCAAGAGCACGAGCAAUUGGCGCAGUCACUUACACUAUCACCCUCAACAUCCCGUGCGAGACAUCAACAGCAGCGGCGGCGUCAUCGCUUCUCCAUUCUGCAGCCGUCUGAGGCGACUAUGCCUGGUGGUAGCUUUAGUAUCGGUCUUUCGCCUGCGAGCCCGGGAUUCGCUAUUGUACCGAAGAGGCGAAUUGGAACCCGUCUGCGGAGUAUUGUACGGCGUGCGGCAAUGCGUAGAACGGUCAGCGAGAGCGACGCGGAUCCGAGUAGGAGCACUGGUGUUCAACGAGACACUGUUGCUGGAGUCGUUGCAGGAUCGAACGAGGUUGGGCAGCGUAUCAGAGCCAAUGCACGCUGGAAGUGGCUGCGCAGUGUCUUCAAUGAUGGGGACUCGUAGAUCUUGUUAUAGAACAUCUUAUCAUCUGGUAUGCAUUAUGUACACCUACAUAUUUAAGCAAUUAGUAUUGUUUUUCUUGACUUUAUCAUGCAUGACUUAAAUGAUCGACGUUUGUCCAAAUAAGGAGUACGCCUUUCCACUGAGGGAUACUCAAAACGCACCGUGCAGCCAACGUCCACCGCGACGACUACAAUGUUCAAGCUCAGCAUCUCUAGAUCCGCCGCCAGCGCACGGCGCGCCUUCGCGUCCACUUCUCGCAGUCUAGCCACUUCAAAGCCCCCAACACCAACUGUGCCCGCAGCCGAAGCAGAGGCGACAACGGGCACCGCGCUUCCUGCAACGAAGCAAUCACCAAACUACGCGCAGCCAUGGUCGACAAGCCAGUAUCCGCGUGCGGCAGCCUAUGCAGAUGCGAGGUUUGAGCAGACGGCGUUGGAGUUGCAGCCGCAGCCUCUGAGUGCGAUGGAGCUUAUUGCGCAGGAGCCUGUGAGGAUUGUACAUGGACGGAUUGCGGAGUGUGAUGGUGGUGCGUUGAUUUUCUUCUACGUUUUGGCCAGGUCUCGUCGUCGGCUUGGACUUGGGUUAUUGAUUUCUUCUUACUUCUUCUGCUUUUUUAAAACGAUAUGUUUCCUUAUCACGUUGCUCUGUGAUGCCUGCUGACAUGAUGCCUGCAAUA